CGGGGGGUGCCUGUGCAGAAUCGUGCAGGUUUUUUAUUUUUAUUAUUAUUAUUUAUUUAUUUAUUGGGAGGGGGAACGGGGGGGCGUAUGACAGGAAGAUGGGGAUAUGGCAUGGAGAGGGGGAUAUGGAGGGGAGGAGGAGGAUGUGGACGAGGAGGACGACGAGGAUAGCGAGGACGACGAGGAGGAGGAGUCGAGAUGGACGGAGGGAAAAGAGGAAGGGCAGGAGGAGGAGGACGAGUGGGAGGAGAAGACAUGGACGGCGAGAAAGGGGAGGACAAGAGGAAGGGAAGGAGACGAGGAGGCAUGGAAGAUGAGGAACUACGAGGAGGAGGAGGAGACAAGGAGGAUAAGGAAGGGCAGGAGGAGGAGGACGGACAGGAGGAGGAGGACGGACAGGAGGAGGAACAGGAGGAGGAGGACGAACAGGAGGAGGAGGAGGAGGAGGAGGAGGAAGAGACGAAAAGGAGGAGGGAGGAUGAGGAAGGGGAGGAGGAGCAAGGUGAGGCAGUACUCCUGUAAUUUUUUUUUUCAUCUUGCUUAUAAUUUUGGCGGGGCGCCUCAAACGCACCGUUUCGACCCCAG